AAUUCCCCAGUUGGAAUUGCCAUUGUCCAUGUUUACUGUCUAAGUCCUUCAAUUUGAGGUUAUAAAAAUUAUGUUUUAAUAAGUUAUACUAAAAUCGUGUUAAUAUAUUAAAAUAUCGUCCUACAUUCUUAUUUUCAAGUCAGAGCGUCGUUAUUAAGUGUAUCCAACUCAAAAAUGGCAACUGCGUAUGGUAUACAUUUGGGUAACAGUUCAGGAUGUUUAGCCGCAUUCACUAAUGGUACCGCAGCGGUUUUAGCGAACGAUGCUGGAGAUAGGGUAACGCCUGCUGUUGUUGCUUUGAAUGGACUGGAAUGGGAAAUUGGUCUACCAGCAAAAUCAGGUCAAGCUUCUUCCAAAGCAAUAAUUAAGAACAAUAAGCGUCUUAUGAACUGUGAUUUUAACGAAGAUGAUGUGGCUUUUGUGGAAAAUGCAUCUUCAUGUCGUAUUCAGAAUGAUGACAAACUAGUGUACGAAUUUGAAACAAGUGAAACAAAACAGUAUUCUAAUCCAGAUCACAUAGCAACAAAAAUAUAUUCUAAACUUUAUACUAUUGCUAGUCAUUCUGUUCAAAAUGAGGGAGACUUAAAACUAGUAUUAGCUGCACCGUUACAUUGGUCUAAUGCAAGCAGGGAGAGGUUAGUAAAAUGUGCAGAGCUCGCUGGGUUUGAUGUCUUGCAAGUUAUAAGUGAACCAGCUGCAGCAUUAUUGGCUUACAAUAUUGAGGAUUCUGCUGAAGAUGUGAAUGUUCUUGUAUAUAGACUCGGAGGCUCAACAUGUGAUGCAUCAGUUAUAAAAGUAUCCAGUGGUUUUAUGUCAGUAGAGAAAAACAUAUUCAGAACAGAUUUAGGAGGACAGUGCCUUACCAAGGACUUAGCUGAUUAUGUAGCUCAGGAAUUCAGACAAAAAUGGAAGCUGGACCCACUUGAGAGCCGCAGAGCCAUGUCCAAAUUAUUAAACCAUGCAGACAAUUGCAAACACAUACUCUCGACCUUAAGCUCUGCACAUGUUUUUAUUGAGUCAUUGCUAGAUGGUGUAGACUGGAGUCAGAAUGUUACUCGUGCAAGAUUUGAAAAUAUUAUUUCAUCAAAGAUAUCUUCAUAUAUAGAGCCAGCUAAGAAAGUGAUUGACAGCUUUGAUGGCAAAAUAAGUAAGAUUGUGCUAUGUGGAGGCAGUAUGAAAAUACCAAAAUUGCAAUCAGCAGUUGCAAGCUUAUUGCCGGAAGCAGAAGUAUAUUCUGGAAUUAAUCCCGAUGAAGUUAUAGCUGUGGGAUGUGCUAAACAAGCUGGAAUGAUUUUAGAUUUACCUGAAUUGUCUCUAUCUAACACUAGUACUGAAAUUGAAUUCUUGGGUAAAGAUAUAUACCUUAAAUAUUUAGAUCAAACAGUUAAGUUAUUCAAAGAAGGAACACCGCCUUUUGCACAGAAUGUUUGUAAAAUUGAGACCGAUAAAGAGGUAAAGGAUAUUAGUUUCACUCUACAUGACAAUCCAGAAAAUGAGCAAUUUGCAAAAGAAACAUUCAAUGUUGAAAGUUUAAAUAAACCAUUCAAAUUAAAAGCAACAUUGCAACCAUCUAAUGUUCUAUUACAAGUUGAAUGAUUUUGUAAAAUAAAAUACUGAAUAUAUACAUAAUUUAAUGA